AUGAACAAUCUAGAGAGAUUAUUACAUUAAUAAGGAAAAAAAAUGAAAUAGCAAGAAUAAGAGCUGAAUGAUAUAAAUAGAAGAUAUUAAGAAUUGUAGACAAAAUUAAAUUAAGAGGAAGAGAAGAAUAAAAUAUUAUAAUGCAAUAUUGAUAAAUUAACAUUAAUUGAAUUUGAAUUGAGAAGAUAAAUAAAAUUUGUGGAAGCAUAAAGAGAUAAUCUAUUAGAACAACUAAAAUCAUUACAUGAAUAUAAUUUUUCAAUGAUUGAACUAUAGUAAAAAAUAGAAUAAUAUUUGUAGGAAAAAAAAUUAAUUCAAUAAAAUGAGAACAGUUAAAGAAUUAACUAUCACAUAAAAUGAAUAUUAAAAAUAAGAGCAAUAAUUAUUAAAAUUAUAAAUUGAAAAGGCUCAAUUGAUAAGUGAAAUUGAAGAAUUAAAGACAAAUAAUUUAUCUUUAAAUGAAUAGAUAAAAAUAUAUCCAUUAUAAAUUUAAAAAUUAAGAUAAAACUUUAUAGAAUUAAUGAAAGAGAGAGAUCAUCAAAUAUUGUAACUUGAUGAGAAAAUAGAAUAGCUUAAAAAAUAGAAAUAAAAAACAGAAGAAAACUGUGAUAAAAUAGAAUUUGAAGAAAAUGAUAUAACAGAAGAUACAAAUUCAAAUUAAGAUGGAUAUUUAUAUUAAUAAACUUUAAAUGAUAAUAUUGAAAUCAUUAAAAAUAUGAAAAUAGCUGAUUAGGAAAAAUAAAAAACUAUACUUUAAUUAACUGAAUAAGUUACUCUAUUAUAAGUUGAGAAUUAAAAAUAAAGAUAACUCUUAACAACUCAAUAACUCACAUAACUAUAUCCUUAAGAUAUUUAAUUAUAAAUUCGUCGUCUUUAACAGUUAAGAGGUUACAUACCUUAAUUUACAACAAAAAUUGCUAUAUUAUAAAUUAAAUAAUAAGAAAUCAAUGAAUUAAAAUAAAACUAUAUGGAUUUGUUAGAGUAAUAUUAAAAAGAAACCAAUAUAGAUUUGUCAGAGUUCUAUUAAAAACAUUAGAAAGAAUUAAAUAAAUAUAAAAAUAAGUAUUAAAAUAAAAAACAAAAAUUAAGUAACAUUUAAAAAUAAUUUUCUAAUGUUUUAUCAGAGAAUUGGAAAUUGAAAGAGAAAUUAAUUGAUAUAUUGAAAGAUGAAGAAUCAGUAAAAUAAUUUAUUUAAAAUUUAUCUAAUGAAUUAUGUUUUGAUGAAUAUCCAUUUGAAAGUUUGAAUGAGCUUUUGAUAAGUUAUAAUAAAAUUAGAUCUAAAUUAAUGAGCUAUUCAGAACAAAAGCAUUUUAGUCUUAUUUGA